CAGGCACUCUUCUAACUUUAUCAGGCCUAGCGUAUAUUCCAGGUACUCUAGCAAUAUGUGAGUUGAAAUAAGUCGCGAGCUAGGCGGUAGAUCCAUUCGCACGCCAUUUAUAGUGAGUCCGCAUCCUACUCAGUGAGCUUCUACCCUCUUAGCCAUCAUCCUUAUUACCAAGGCUGUUCUGCUGAAAAGUCCGAGAACCUGACGAAGAUCGCGAUUACAAUAUGAUUCUCAGCGGUCGCGAAAUCGUUACUCGCCUACUGGUACGGAAUCUGCGGCAUGUCGCCCAGCAGCAACAGCCGUGCGGUGUCGACCUUACUCUACGCCAGAUCUCCGAAUGGACCUCGGCUGCUACGAUUGAUUUCGAUAACACGAACCGCCAGGCGGCCAAAACUUCUAGCCUGCCUUUCGACCAGACCAGUCAAGCAAUUGUGUUACAACCGGGCGCAUACUUGGUCGAUUUCAACGAAACUGUUCAGGUUCCACGCAACUGUAUGGCGAGUGUCUUCCCAAGGUCUUCGCUCUGGCGAUCGGGCGUUGGAAUCGCUGCUGGUGUGGUUGAUGCGGGAUAUGAAGGCGCUAUGGGAGCAUUGAUGGAGGUGAAGAAUCCUAACGGAAUUGUUUUGUACAAAGACGCCAAGCUAGCGCAAAUUGUCUUUGAGGAGCUGGGAGAAGCCGUCGAGGGAUACAAUGGUAUUUAUCAGUCAUCUACUACUAGCGUCGGACGGGAUGGUGCAGCAAAGGUGUAAUGUGCAAGGAAUCAAAAUCGGGAGUUUCAUCCUGUCGUUAUCCGGGCGUUUCGGGAGCAGUGAAGACAAAGUCAAUAUGAACAAAGGCUAUCAGACGAAGGCGUGAGCUACUUUAAGGAAGAGCAUUUGGUAAUUUUUGAUCCACAAUGUUUUUUUGACGUUGUGAGACGUACACAUGCAUAUAUUGAGGCUUUCAAUUUUGGGCGGCGUUUAUGUUAUAAAUGUUGAUAUUAUGAGUUCAGAAAUUCAACACUGCAAUCGGUCUGUGAGAGAAUAC